AAAAUGCCGCAGGAGCCUACCCGGGUUGUGGUAGGGCGGGAAGCAGCCAUCUCGCAGGAGCAGGCUGAGCACCAUCACUGCAUCCUCAGCUCUACGGCUUUGAAAGGGAAGAGUUGACUUACUCUACUUUGGAAGGCUUCUCAGCCGUCUUCCUCCCUGCUCUGAGCAUAAACUCUCCCUGCAUUUUGGUAUCUUCACAAUGACUAGACCUAGGUUAUCCGUUCCAUGCAGGCUUCAUAAUUUACUCAUAAUGGUCUUAUCUGUAACAGGUUCUCCUUCUAAAACCUUUAGACGUUUUGUCUGGGAAAGUUGGAUAGUAAAUCAAAUAGUGACUUGGCUGAUCUAAAUCACAUAUCUUAAAAUGCAAUCACAAUUUGGAGACUCAGACAAAGGCCAUGGAAGGGAGGUGACUGCGCAAGAGUUGUCAGGGGAAUCUCUGAAUGACACCAACAAUGAAGCUACCCACACAGAAAAUGAAGGCAGUUCUGUCCAUACAGAUGUUAAAACUCAAGAGAAAGCCAUAAACUGGAUGUCCAGAGCAGAUCAACAGAAUGAGCAAAAAUCAGAUGGUGAUCACAAAGCUGUCACCAGCUUAUUCCAUCAAAGGACAGAAGAAAAGAGGGGCUGUCUAAGAAUGACAAAAAAGGUUCUGCAAGACAUCUGUAAACAGCAGAAAUUCUACGUGACCCCAUACUUAAAUGACACUCUUUACUUGCAUUAUAAAGGAUUUGACCGCCUGGAGAAUCUUGAGGAGUAUACUGGGUUGAAGUGUUUAUGGCUGGAAUGCAAUGGCAUAACAAAAAUUGAGAACUUGGAGGCUCAGACAGAGUUGCGUUGCCUCUACCUACAACUCAAUCUAAUUAAGAAAAUUGAAAACCUUGAACCCUUACAAAAGUUGGAUUCCCUCAAUGUCAGUAACAACUACAUCAAGACCAUUGAGAAUCUCUCUUGUCUGAAGGUCCUGCAGACUCUGCAGAUUGCUCACAACAAAUUAGAAACAGUGGAAGACAUACAGCACUUGCAAGAAUGCCCAAGUAUUUCUGUUCUUGAUCUUUCCCACAACAAUCUAAGUGAUCCAGCUAUUAUAACUGUUCUGGAGACUGUGCCUAAUUUGCAUGUGCUGAAUUUGAUGGGAAACCAAGUGAUAAAGAACAUUGCUAAUUAUAGAAAAACACUUACUGUUAGACUAAAACAACUAACGUAUCUGGAUGACAGACCAGUUUUCCCAAAAGAUAGAGCCUGUGCAGAAGCCUGGGCUGUUGGAGGUCUGGAAGCUGAGAAAGCAGAAAGGGAAAAAUGGGAAACCAGAGAGAGAAAAAAAAUCCAAGAUAGCAUUGAUGCUUUAGCAGCAAUCAGGUGGAAAGCAGACAAAAAGAAAAGAAGAAAGUAUAUGGAAGAAAAAGAGGCAAGUGCUAAAUCUGGAAAUGGAGACAUAACAGACAUCCUAGAAGGGGCACCUGAAAAUUCAGAUAACAAAGAUGGCAAUUCUAAUACACUGGAGACUUCAAAUAUAUCAGAAAAGGAAGAAACUCAAGAGAAGACUGACAAAUUUAGAAAUGAAAGUUUUGAUGGUCAUGAGGAAGUGAUAACACUUUUACAAAAUGGAAGAGAUAACACAGGUUUCACAUCUGCUAGAAUUCAAGAGGAUGCACAGGAAUCAAACUGUAACAAAUGCCCAAACUUCAACAAGGAGACAGGUGGUAAUGUACAUGAUCUACCAAGAGAGAAGGCAGCUACUGGAAAGGCCAUACUUCCUGAACGGGAUCAAUAUGCUGAAACUGAACAAACCAAACUGGAUACACUGGAGAAACUUUGUCUUGAUGAAUUGCCUGAUUUAGAAGACACUGAUGUAAAUGAAUUUCCCCCAGAAGAGGAAAGCUUUGUUCAAAAGGAAUAUCACCCAAAGAUUGAAAUAAUUUCUGAAAUGACAAAUGACAGCGAUUCAGCAUUAGAGGAAGACAAUAAAAGCAUGUUUGAGAAUUCAGAAGGAGAAGUCCCAACAGCAAUCUUUUCAAAUGCAUGUAAGAUACAUAAAGAGCAUGGAAAGGAGCACUUAAGACCCCUUGUUGAAAGCUUCUUUACACAGCCUGAUAAUUCCAAAAGAUAUCAGGAGAUCAAAGAUCAACAAACAACCCCCUCAAGACCCUUGAUACAAGAGAUUAACUCUGAGCCCAAGGAUAAUCUACUCUUGUCACCAGUCUACAAGCAACCAGGUGACCCAAGCCCAACAGAAGAGGAUGGUAAUGGCAGCAAUGGAGAAGCACAGUACCCAGCUGAGAGUGAAGGAUGUUCUCACGAGGCAUGGGAUGACAAGGACAGUGAGAGUGGUUUAGAUUAAUCGCUUUGCAAAAAGCUCCAAGUAUUCAGGGCAGCUGGCAGCAUUCAGUCCUUUGUGAGUGCACUAUUGUGUUACAGUUAAAUUAAUUUCUGUGAUGUCAUUUUUUCCCUUGCAUCCUAGGAAUUACUUGGUUGAAUGUUUAUGUCUUAAGGUUUCAUUACAUACGUACUUCCAGUGCAUACUGUAACAUGUCUCUCUCACUUGAGCUAAAUAAAGAUUUUACUUGUAACCACAUA